CUGUCCCUCCUUACACCAACAGUGUACGUGCUAAGCAGUGCGGCAUUCCUGGUCAAUUUGCAAGGGUGUACACUGUACUUGCCCAAGCAAGCCGUUGCAGUGUUCUCCCUCUUCAAUCCCCAUAGUACGGUCUACAUAGGCGUCCACAAGCCAAAACUUCGGCUUCGUUUCUCCAUCCACGUGCACGUUGUUGAGGCGCGAACGACUACGGUAUAAAUCUUUGUGCUCUGUUGCUGCAGGACAGGCUGUGUUUCAGAGAGUGAAGUGUGCGUGCACGUGAGUGUGUGUGUGUGUGUGCGUGUGUGUGACUGUGAUAUACCGGUUGCUGUCCACAUGGCAACGCAUACAAGCGACCAUGUGUUGCAGCAAUGGUUUGCCUCAGUGGACAUGGACCGCAGCGGUGCUGUGAAUGCAGACGAGCUGAGGAGAGCACUGGCUGUAGGGAACCUUCACUUCCCAAUGCGGACCAUCUCUCAGAUGAUCAGGAUGUACGAUCGUGAUAGCAGUGGACAGAUAUCAUUCAACGAGUUCGUCCAGCUGCAUAAUUUUCUCUGCGAAGUUUCCGAGAGCUUCUACGCGUACGACAGAGAUCGCAAUGGUGUUCUGACCUUCCACGAGAUUCUGGAUGCUCUGAAGAGGCUCAAAUUUAACCUCGAGUAUCCAGCGCUGCAGUCAGCUUGUCAGCUGUUCGACCCUUCGCGCACAGGCAUGUUGAAGAUGGAUGAUUACAUCUCCCUCUGCUGCUUUCUCCAACUUUCAGAUCGCAUCUUCAAAUUCUAUGACCCGGGGAACCAAGGGACGGUGAAUCUGAAUUUCAGUCAGUUUGUUUUUUGCGCUGGACAAGUGAGUUCCUGAGUUCAUCUGUGCUGAACUCAAACCAACAGUGACCGGCAAUGGGAUUCUGACGUGGUGGAGGGUGUGCAAGUGCAUGAAGAAGACACUCACAGAAGGUAGUGUGGUCUGUUGUGUGCCCAGGGAGGACAACAAACAGUGAUUGGCAGUGGGGAUUCUGACUUGCUGGAUGGAGGGGAAGGGGGGGGGGGGGGCAAGUGCAGGAAGAAGAAUAUUACAGAAUGUAGUGUGGUCUGUUGUGUGCCCAGCAAGGACAACAAAACGUGUACGUAGAUGGUAUGAUAAGAACAUAAGAGCUUGAGACGUCAUGAGAGCACUGAACUGUUAAUUAAUGACUGCAAGAGCCGGCUUCUAGAGUGCACAAAUGUUUUUUUUUUCUUUUUUUCUUUUUUUCUUGUUGAAGUGUGUGCUACUGGCGUUAACCCUUGUUAAAUGACCAGUACAUGCCAGCCAACGCCUGCGGGGCCCCUUAUGGAGGCUGCCCACCGCGGGAUUAUUUUAUCAACGGCGUGCGAGCCUCCAAAAUUUUUGGAGAGGCUCAAUCAGAUUCUCAACUUGGCUGGGGCCAUAAACUGGUGGUUUAAGCCACAAGUACGUCUGGGCCUUGGGCCUCCUCCCCAGGUGGAUUUUUGCUGUGGACCAAUUCAAGCUGAACUGGCCGCAUUUGCCUGCCCCUGCCAGCAUUUCCCGUCAAGUAGAGCUGACCUGGAACUGGGCCUGGUAGUGUUGUUGCCCCCCCGGUAGGCCUGACCCAAAGCGCCCGCCGUGUAGGAACAAAAUAGCUGGUAAAUGUAUUGAUUGGUAAGGACACGAAAGCCCCGGAGAAAGGCAGCUCACCUAACAACUGGCUAGCUACAAGUUUGUGCUACUGUACUCAGCAGAAAGGUGCGUAAUUCAAAUUAUAUGUUCUCUGCAGUAGGUCCUUAUGGCCCUGGCUCCAUAUCCAUUCUGGGGAGCGUCAGUCCGGUUCCUAUUCCACGGGCAAGUUAAGAUCUGUCUGGCCGAAGGAUCCCUGAUCAGCAUUGAUUGCUCCAGUAGUGUGGAGGAUUAACUGUCAGCUUGCCUUGCUUCCAUCUUUCCUCUCAGGUCUAUCUAACUAGGAUCUGUCAGGGAAAGUGAACUAAGCUUGCAUAAUUCAAAUUAUCUGUUCUCUGCAGUAGGGACAGUGAACUAAGCUAUCUACUUAGCAGAGGGGUGUGUUAUUUACGCAAGUCGAGCUACAAGUGGACGUUUAUCAUAGCCACUGCACACUCGCAGGCUUGGGUGUGGGGCACUUGGUCGUAACUCUUGAUAUCUGAGCUCUCCCCGUAGGGUGGUUUCUUGUAUGGCGAAAGGGAAACUCUAUUGGCUUUACUAUACCCCAAGAGUUCUAUGUACAAUGUCCCACAAAUGUUCCAGCAAAGAACCAGGAAUAGAGUGCCUGGUCAACGCUAAAACCAGGAGUAGAAUGCGUGGUAAGCAUUGGUGUAACUCCUGGGAAAUUCCAGGCGUGGAACAUCAAAAAUUGCAAUGAAUAAAAGAGGAGGGGUGGACUUCAAAAAAGUAAAAAAAAAAAAAUAAACUAUGCAAGGAAGAUGCUUCUGUGGUUGUUGUCGACAGCACCAAUUAACUUUCUGCCGUCUCCCACUGCUUGUGGUCUGGUGGCUGCCUAUGCACUCUCCCAUAACAGCCUCUCCUUUGCAUCUGUGGAGGCGCGGGAGGUUGGACCUACGUUGUUUUAUAGUCCUGUUUGGAAUGAAUUAGCUUGUGCUGGACCUGCUUUUGAGUGAUUGCAUGCGAACGCAACCUAUAACUCGUCUGGGCCAUCUUCCACUGCACAGGGUCGUGCUCAUUACAGACUUCCGUUGCAGACAUACAAGGAUGAUGUGUUUCAUGCUUUCCUCUCUCAAGUCACUGGUUACUUGUUUGGUGGUACGCCAAUAAAAGUGACGGGCUCAU